CCAAAAUUUUGACUAACUUUUUGAUGAUAAUCAAGUGGGUGCAAUACGUGUGAUCGUUUGUGAAACUGUCAUAUCAUCGGAAGAUAUACAUAGACGCAUAUAUAAUAAGAAGGCUUGUAGAUCAGAAAGAACUACGUGUCCAGGCUUGAGAGGAUCGAGUUCACCAUCUGAUCAGUUCCAAAUAUGGUUGAUGAACCAGAUCGAUUGCUUCCAAUUGCCAACGUGGGUCGGAUUAUGAAACAAAUCCUGCCACCAAGUGCCAAGAUUUCAAAAGAGGCUAAACAAACAAUGCAAGAUUGCGCAACUGAGUUUAUAAGCUUUGUCACUGGGGAGGCAUCUGACAAGUGUCACAAAGAGAAUCGCAAAACUGUGAACGGAGAUGACAUCUGUUGGGCUUUGGGUGCUCUAGGGUUAGACAACUAUGCUGAGGCUAUAGUAAGGUAUUUACAUAAAUAUAGGGAGGCUGAAAGGGAGAAAGCAAGCAGCCGAAACAAAGCAACCUGCCGAAGCUCUCCUGAAAAAGAUGAAAAAUCAUCAGAGGAUAAAAGUGGCCAACCACCUCAACAAACUGAAGCUCCAACUGCAAGACUAGCCAGCUAGAGUUUAGUGUUAACAAGGGAGACAAGUCUUGAACAUAUAUAGUAUUAUUGUCUGGUUCUUGGUGAAGAUUUUGCCAUUUGAAUUGAGCUAUGGUGAAUUGGUGAGAUUUGAAUGAGCAAGAUUCAAGGACAGGUUGUAAUCAAUAGUAAAAGAUUUCGAUCUCUCUAGCUAUGAUUGUGUGAACUAAGUAGUCACUAUAC